UAACAUCCUCUGGCCACUCACCCAGACACUUGCAGCUCUGCCCGGGCAGCCGCACCGCGCUGCCGGCCGGGACUAAGGGGAAUCCCGGGCGGAACGGGAAGCAGCCCCUGCGGAGCGAGCUCCAAGGCGGGACUCUCCGGCCCGGCCGCCGCAUGUGUGUGUGCGGCGCGCUGGGAGGGCAGAUACCGGGCGCGGCUGGGCCGGCGGAUAAGCGGCCCCUGCGGGCAAGCGAGCUGCGGCCGAGCAGCCGGCCGGCCACGGCACCAUGGCCUCGGCCUCCGAGGUCCUCGAGCUGAACGGGCAAACCGGCGGCGGCGGCGAGGGCGCGCCUCCCAACGCGCCUAGAUAUCAACGCAUUAAUAUGAACCACUACGCCAAUAAGAAGAGUGCUGCAGAGAGCAUGUUGGACAUUGCUCUUCUGAUGGCCAAUGCAUCCCAGUUGAAAGCAGUAAUGGAUCAAGGACCUUCUUUCUCAUUCUACAUCCCACUUAUUGUUCUCAUCAGCAUAUCCCUCAUACUUCAAAUUGGCGUGGGCAUGCUCCUGAUAUUCCUUGUAAAAUAUGACCUUAAUGACCCUGCAAAACAUGCCAGGCUGGAUUUCCUCAAUAACCUUGCAACUGGACUGGUGUUCAUUAUAGUAGUUGUGAAUAUUUUGAUCACUGCCUUUGGAGUGCAGAAACCUGUGGCUGAGACAGCUUCAAGACAGUAGGUAACAAGAAGAGAUCUGAACCAUUGACCCCUCCUCUAAGUACUUCUGCACUUGAGCCAGUUAAACUUGGACACAAAAAGGAGAAGCUGAAGUUAUUCAAGCCAGCAUUUUUCUGUUUCCUUCAAAUGACUUGUUUUCUGUGCCUGGGAUUUUCAUCCUAUUAAAUGUGUAAUAUUCAGUUUCUAGUGGAAAGGUUGAGCGUUUUAACUGCUAGUUCAUUGACUCUGCCUUCGAAGAGUCUGGCAUCUCAAUUUCUAUAGAAACUGGAGUUCUUCAGAGAAAUAUGCAAUGUGAAUGAAUUCAUCAGGAAACAAAGCGAUGGAAUCAGCUCCAAAGGCAUCUCGGACUCCUCACUUUUUGUGCCUUCUGUUUUCUUGAUGGAUGAGAAGUUUCCCAACAAAAAUUGCUGUCAUUUCCACUAUGGAAACCAAGGGUCUUAAUUUCUGGCACAAUCAUACUGUCCUAACCUCUCUCAGUUGUAGCUAGGUAUUUGUAUUCCAUAUUACUGUAGUGGAAUGUCUUUAUGUUGUGUGAAGAUGGCCAUGCCUAAUUUUCCCUCUUCCUAGGGAGCAGUUUGUCUCUUCAGCUAAACCAAAAACUCCUCCUCUUCCAAGGUGACAGGAAUCCAGUAGGAACAAACAUUAACAAGCUUUCCUUUGCCCAAUUUUUCUCUGACAAGUAUUCAUUGGCCCAGUUUCUCUGUCACUGGAUCACAAGGGCCUGCAUAAACCUUCCCUCCCCUUGGUGCAGGGUCCCACAAGAAGUCCCUUUGCCUAGUUUCUCACUCUCAGUCGCUGCUGUCCUCCAGUCCAUACAGGAUGAUUAUUAUCCACAGCUCUAGCACAUCCUGAAAAGGCUUGUAAAAAUGCUGCCAUAGCUAGGCGCCACUGAGUAACUUAAGGACGGAGGGUGACGUUCAUCCCUGCACAGAGGGCAAGGCAAGGCCUGUAAGCUAUUAAGUCACAUAUAACCCAUCAAAUUAGGAUACAGAGGGGCAAAUUUCCCUCCGAGAAAAGGCCUGAUCUCUGCACUUAUUUGCUUUUGAGAGUUUGACUGAUUCUUAAAAAAAAAAUUUUAAGUAAUAAAUUUAAAGAGAUAUUAAGAAAAAGAUCCUCAAGGGCUCAUGUUCCCUGCUGGCACAGGAAGCAAAAAAAUUUUGGAGGGCAUACUGUUGCUGGCAAUGUUGUAUAUUGCGAGUUUUGCUGCUUAAAGUAUUUUAAUCAUUUUACUUCUAAUUUAUCAUACUUGCAAUUAGAAGGAUUUUAGUGUCCUUGCAUUUUAACUUUCUUGUCGAUAUAAAUUGAUACUAAUAUAUUUCUUGUGUUAUCACAUUAUUUUGCACAUUUGUGGCCCAAAGUGUAAGCUUUUAGGAGAGUUAGCAGCAGCACUCCUUUACAGUUUUAAAUUGAUAAUCCUCUCUUCUAGUUAUGAAUACAUGAAUAACUGGGCUUAGAGACUUAUCUUGUUUACUGUAGGUUACAUAAGAAUUAUCCUUUAACCAGAAACAAAGCAACAAAGUUACUAUUUUUCUGUAUUGCUAGUAGCAGAAUAUAUACAUACAAGCAACAUAGAAGAAUAUUAAGCUUUUCUUGCUUUGUUUCUGGUCAAAGUUUUUCUGCAAGAUUUCUGGCAAAUACUGCUUUGAAUGACUUGUUGUAUAUAUUUAAAUGUAGGUUGGAGCAGCUGUGAGAUGAGGCACUUAGCACAAGUUUCCCCAGCAGUUAAUUUGUCUUGUUAAAAUUAAUGAAGGAAUAUCAGAUUGUACCUGUAUUAUAAAAUAUUCUCAAUAUUGUAUUGCAAUGUGUUGAUUGGUAAAAUAUCAUUACUUGACUGCUUAAAAUAAAGACUUUCUUCCAUUAAACAAAAACAAAAAAAACCCACAACAAAAAACACAGUAAAACUGCAGGUGGAACCCUUCUGAACAUGUAAUUACCAUAAAUAAAUAUCAGAGUGGCUUUGAUAUACGCACCUUGAGUUUAUCGCAUGUGCGAAAGGUAGCAAAAUAUAGUACUAUGCAAUAUAGUACAUCCUCAUGGUGUAACCCUAACUAAAUAGUCAUUGCAGUGGGCAGACAAAUGAUUCUGACCCUUUAACUCAGGUUGGGAUCCUAAUUAUUUCUGAUUGCAGAAUAGCAUGAAUUUUUCUA